AUGGCAGUCUUCACUCAUACAGUCCUCAUCGCUUCUGCAGUAAUUCUAGUAACUAUUAUAGCCAUCACCUUUAUGAACCUUGUUCUCCGUCUUUUCUCGAACGCCUCACUCCCACCUAACCUCCCCUGGGCCGGGACCGGAGAAAAGGGGAGCCGCUGGGCUCGAGCUAAAGCAAAUUUAACUGGCAUAACGAAUUUGAGAGCUCUUCUGGACGAGGGGUACAGCAAGUACUCCAAGCUCGGCCAGACUUACGUGCUACCAUACUAUAUCAACGGGCCUCAAAUCAUCCUGCCAAACUCACAGAUCCGAUGGCUUCUAGAGCAACCAGACACCGUGCUGAGCCAGGAAAAGGUCAACCGCCAAUUCCUCGAGGCAGACUACACCUUCUUACAUGCCAACCUUGUCGAUGGUCCCGUUCACCCAGAGAUUAUCCAGCACCAGCUCACGAAGAGACUUAACACUUUUACCAACGACGUAGUGGAAGAGGUAAAUAUUUGCCUGGAAGAGAUCUGGGGCACAGAUACCGAGGAGUGGCGCGAAGUGAAGGUCUACGACACGAUGCUCACCCUCGUCGCCCGGCUCUCAACUAGGGUACUGGUGGGAGUGCCCCUAUGUCGUAACGCGGACUUCUUAAAAGCCUGUAGUCAGUUCAUUAGGAAAGUCGCUCUCACCGCCGCAGCUAUAAGUCUGUUUCCAAGGUUUCUGAAGCCGUUGGUCGGUCCCAUCUUCACCCUGUAUGACUAUAUCCAAUACCAGCGGUGUAGCGCAUUCCUCAUGCCAACCAUCCUCUCACGACUCGAAAAUCUGCGCAAGUACGGGCCCCAGGAUAAAGCCGAAGCCCCCUCUCCGAACGAUUACAUCCAAUGGGCCAUCGACCACGCCCUCUCCAAACCCACCAUCAACCCCACGGAGCUAGACCCCCGCGUCAUAGCCUGCCGCUUCUCCGUCCUCGCCUUCGCCGCGAUCCAGUCCUCCGCCAUCACCCUCACCAACACGCUCUUCGACCUCGCGGCCUCUCCUUCGUGCACUGGCUCGCUAGCCCGAAUGCGCGACGAGGUGCUACGCGCUACCACCGCCGCUUGCCCCCCUAACACAACAGCAGCAGCAGCACCACAAAACCAACAACCCUGGUCAAAAACAACCCUUCCCCACACCGACUCCGCCCUCCGCGAAAGCCUCCGGUUGAACGGGUUCAUCGAGCGCGGCGUCAUGAAGACCGUCGUCGCGCCCCAGGGCGUCACGAUUCCAGAUGGCUCGCGCAUCCCGUUCGGUACCAAGGUGGGCGUUUCGGGGUACAGCAUUCAUCACGACGAGGACAUCUAUGUUGACGCGCGGCGGUAUCGGGCGUUUCGGUUCGUGGGUGGGGUUAUGGGGGAGAAGGGGGAGGGAAACGGGAAGGCGCGGGGUUUGGUUGCGACGAGCGAGACGUUCUUGGGGUUUAGUCAUGGCCGCCAUGCUUGCCCCGGCCGCUUCUUCGCCGCUAACCAGUUGAAGAUCGCGCUGGCGCAUAUCGCGCUGCUCUACGAGAUCGAGCCGAUCCCUCGAAGACCGGCUAAUCGUUGGUUCUUUGGACAUAUUGCGCCGCCUAUGACUGAGGUGUUGAGGGUGAGGCGGAGGAAGGGGUGA